ACUUUUUUUUAUCUAAAUGCCUACAAGUCGCAGGUAACGUGUAGUGUUAUCAACAUUGUGUUCGGAAAAAAAAAACUUUCGCAUUUUUCAAUAAAUUUAAAUUAAGUAAACCAUGCUUACCAAAGAGUAUCGAAUUUGUAUGCCAUUGACGGUAGAAGAGUACAAAAUAGGCCAACUUUAUAUGAUAGCACGCCAUAGUCUGGAGCAAUCCGAUGCAGGAAAUGGAGUCGAAGUGGUCGAAAAUAAGGAGUGUGAGGACCCGGAGCAUGGUAAGGGUCAGUACACCGAGAAAAGGAUUCAUCUAUCCAGUCGUUUGCCCUACUGGAUUCAGGCUUUCUGUCCUAAAGUUUUCUACAUUGUUGAAAGAGGAUGGAAUUACUAUCCGUUCACUAUUACUGAGUAUACUUGUUCCUUUAUACCAAAGCUGCAUAUAACUAUUCUUACAAAAUUUGAGGACAACGCAGGGACUUCAGAAAAUUGUCUCAACGUACCUGAAGACAAAUUGAGCGAACGGGCGGUCGAUUUUGUGGACAUUGCAUUUGACGAGCUGAACCCAAAGCAUUAUAAAAAGGAGGAAGAUCCUAAAUUUUUCAAGUCCAACAUCACUGGCCGUGGUCCCCUGGUAGAGGGGUGGAUGCACGACACUCCAAUUAUGUGCUCGUACAAAUUAGUGCAGGUUUCGUUCGAGGUUUGGGGACUUCAGACCAAAGUAGAGGACUUUAUACAGCGUUGCGUCCGGGACGUUUUAUUGUUGGGCCACCGGCAGGCGUUUGCCUGGAUCGACGAGUGGCACGGGAUGACGAUCAAAGAUGUGCGGGAUUACGAGCAUCGCAAGCAACUGGAAGCUAACGAUAAAGUUUUGACUGCGACCCAGGAACAACAGGCAGAGGAGAGCAAACAAGCAUGUGUCGAUUAAAUCAUCAUCACUAGCAAAUAAUAUUAUGUUGCAUAGUUUAAAUGGGACGGAAUGAGUUUCCAUUUAAUAAAGACCUGGAAUAAACAUAAUUGUAUCGCUUAACAAUCCCAUAUCAUACC